UUGAGUAUCGCAACACGUUGCUCCUCUUCCUCUCACCGAUGUAGACAAAGUUGGGUUUAAUCUGCCAUUCUCGAAGCGAUAGAGACUUCAAAAUCGCUCCAAAUUACUUGCAAUAUAUUAUCGUUUAUUUUUCUUUGAGAAUCGUCAACAUGAUUGGUUUUAGUUUGAGAGCAUUACUUGCAUUAGCUGCUCUGAUGAUCGUACCCGUGUCCAUCGGCAGCGCAGGAGUCGCAAAGCAUUGGACCAUGGAUGUCCGUUGCAUAGGAACCGGCGGUUCGGGCAGUCAUACGCGAGUCGGCCGUGGCCUAAGAAAUAAUGGCUCGAGUUGGGGAAGCAGUCAUUCGACUAACACAUACUUUGUGUUCAAUGAAAAUAGCAAUACCUGCGAUACCCACUACGGCGAGUUCCCCAAGCAUCCCAACUUCUUCCGCACCAAGAACGAUUGCGACAAGUUUUGCCGCAACGUUUACCAUAGUUUGGGUGGAGUGCCUUAGGAGGACUUGAUCCAGCUGGAACCGCCUCGUGUAUGUGAUCAAAAUCGCAGCGGAGGCGACAAGGCUUCAAACACUGCAAAUAAGGCAGCGGUGUAUGAUAAAUCAUAUAAUAUAAAUAUGUGCAUAUGCGUGUGCGUGAACGUUUAUGCGUAUUUUGUAUUGAAUUGAUAUAUUUGAUAUUUUAUUCGAGGCAAAUGUAUUUACGUGUAUUUUAAUAGUUUUUUUUUUCACUCGCAAUUUUAAUAAUUUUUUUCGUGACUCUCGCGAUGCCUUAGCACGUGCAGCUGUCAACUGGUUGACUUUUCUCCGUUCUCGUAUUCGUAACACAAUGGUGAUUGGAAACGAGCAACCGAAGAGGAUUACAUACACGUUGUAUGCGUAAAUGUCAUUAUGUAUGUAUGCGAGGAUUUUUGAGAGGAGCUUACGCAUCGGACGUAUGCCAGUUUUAAUAAUGCAAUUUAAUCGGCUAAAUUGACGUAUGUUAUUACACUGUUUUUUGUAACAACAUGUAUUUUAUACUCGAAUUUUGUAUUCAUGAAAAUUAAAAAAAUUUCUUAACGACA